AUGGACGGCGUGGGCAGCCGGCGUUGCGCCGGCGACGACGACGAUCCCGACUACAGGACUCCUGUGAAGCGGUGCAAGACGGGGUCGGGCGAGGAGACGAAGUCGCUUGUGGCUCGCCGCAACACGAAAAUCUUCAACGACAUGGUGCACGGCAGCAUCGAGCUCUCCCCGCUGGCCGUGGACAUCAUGGACUCGACGACGUUCCAGAGGAUGCGCAGCCUGAGGCAGCUGGGCUUCGCCGCUUGGGUGUACCCCUCUGCGGAGCACAGCCGGUUCCAGCACUCGAUCGGCGUCGCGCACCUGGCGGCCACGUACAUGCAGGAGCUCAUCAACCACUCGUCGGAGCUGCAGGCGAUGGACCAGGAGGACAGGAGGAGGCUGAAGCUGCUGGCGGAGAUUGCGGGAUUGUGUCAUGACCUGGGCCAUGGCCCUUUCAGCCAUGCCUUCGAAAAGACUCUGCUUCCAAGGCUAGGCUACAAACCAAGAAACGGUGACCAGCACUGGGCACACGAGGACAUGUCACUUAAGCUCCUUGACCGAAUAAUAGAUCAGAAGGGGCUUGACUUGGAGCAGUAUGGGCUGGAUCAGGGUGAUGUGGGGAUCAUAGGGGACCUCAUAUUGGGCAGGGAUACCACAGGCAUGUCUUCGCAGAGUUUGAACAAUGGCUAUGUUCAGCCAUUCCUGUAUGAGAUUGUCGCUUGCAAGCGGAAUGGCAUCGACGUGGACAAGGUCGACUACCUGCAGCGGGAUGGCAAGAACUGUGGGAUCAAUUGCAGCACCACAUUUGAUCGGUUGCCAAAGUUCAUGCGGGUGAUUGAUGGAGUGCUCUGCUUCAGCUACCAGAACAAAAAUGAACUGCAGAAUCUGCUCACCGACCGGAGACACCACUACAAGAGGAUAUAUCAUCACAGGAAGGGCGUUGCCAUCGAGCUCAUGAUGUCUGACGCACUUGUGGAGGCAAACGGUGACUUGGACAUCAGCUCCAAAGUGGACGAUCCUGAGGCCUUUGAACGGCUCGAUGACAGUCUUAUCAACGUGGUGAAGAACUGGUCGUCCCCCAGUGCAGGCAUGAAGAGGGCCCAAGAUCUGAUGAGGCGUGUGGAUGCACGAGACCUCUACUCAUUUUGUAACGAAGUGGUGGUUCCUCAAGAACGUGUGCAUGAAUUUAAGAAGGCACCCAAGGCCUCAGAUAUCACGACGUGCCAGAAUGCCAAUGGCACCCGCCUUACUCCGGAGGACAUUCACGUUGUGCGGCACAGUCUGGACCAUGGUAUGAAAGACAGGGAUCCACUGGAGUGUGUGCAAUUCUACCACAAGACGGAUGGUGGGGGGGAAACGAUCCUCCAUGAAGGCGAGUACACCUUGGAUAAAUGGGUAGAAAGGAUGCAGGAGGUGCGGAUACGCGUGUACAGCAAGAAGAGGGAAAAGAUGGUGGCUGUUCGGUCUGCCCUUAAGCAGUGGGCGGAGAGGACAUUUGGCACAAGUGAGCUGAAGUUUGGCACCCCGGAGGGCCCAAGACGCUGUGACAGGCUGCUGUGCUGA